UUAGUAUGCGCUGCGAUGCCCGACUGCAGCCCACGCAUCUCAACUAUGGUGAGUUAUGGUGAAAUAUGAGAGACGUGGGAUGAGCCGGCGGAUCAAAAGCAGUUGGUCGUGAUGAGAUGACCCCUUUGCUGGACAGGUAGUCAAAAAAGGAUGAAGUAAAGAUAUGAAGGAAUGGACUCACGACUCCAAGACACCUUUUAAGAGGAGACAAACUGGAUAAAAAAAAAGCACAUGCGUCUGCGCACCAAGAGAAUCAGGGUGAAUUCCGGCAUGCCAUAUUCUAAAAUGAUGAUGUAGUCCAACGGAUAACGCUAUGCUGCAUUGUUUAGUGCAUGGGCUCUGUUGUGGCUGUCCACGAUCCACACAGAAGGGCUGCAAAUGGUUUGAGCAUGUCUGGCACCUGCCAAUCCAAACUAACACGCGCUUGCCAAUCAACUGCAACACUGUCAUUUCAUGUUUAAACAUCUCAGUGCAUGAACUUGGCUGCUUUGCCUUUGUCUCAAAUAUAUGAAAAAAUGGUUACUAAUAUGUGCAUCAUUGGUGUAUUCAUAACGGAUCCCCAAUCAGAAACAGAUGGUGGGGUUCACGCGGAGAUACAUUAAUGGAAUAACAUGUUUACGAGCACAGAUAUGCCAAAACCUUUAUGCGUAGUGCAGACCUGUUUGGAGAUCAAACAGGUGAUAUGGCUUAAGAUGAAAUCUGCCGAAACAGAGGUGCCACCGAGUGGAAAUACCAACAGCAGCGCCCCCCACAACCUCCCUUCCCCAAGUCUCAGCAAAUAUCAGGAUAGAGGAUUACCUUUGCUGCUGUUGCAAGCGGUGGCGUAUUGUUAUGAAGUGGGGGUGUCAUAUUUGGCUGAUGCCAAGCAUUUUAAGAUGUGCUACCAUUAUUUUUACCACAACAACCCCCCUCCCUCCACCAUAUUCAACUUGUAGCCUACUGUAGUUGCAUCAAAGCAUGUAUCUGCUGGUCAAUAAGGCGAGGGAGGUAACUCCUGCAUCACGCCUUGUCCCCUCUCUCACAUACACCUCCACUCCCGUGCCGCUGCAGAGCCGGACCUUUGGCUGGCAGAGAGGAGCUGCUCUGACCGUGGAAGCUCACCGAACACUUCUGCUGGGCCCGUUACGCAUUACCACCAGAGGACCCACUGUAUACAAGCCUUACAAGCACUAGUGCACCUAGCUCUUUGCAGGCAGAUCUGCCUGAACCCACGAGUGUGUGGAGACUUUAUCCCCUUGUGACCCAUCGUGGCCCCACCCUGUCAGAAACCUGCAGGUCCCGUCUUCCCCCAGCAUGACGGUUGCCACCAGCGACCCUGCGGAUGAAGCCGCAGCACAUCCGGGUCAGCCUCAGGACCAGUACGACCCAGACCUGGACCAUGAGUGCUGCGAGAGGGUCGUCAUCAACAUAUCAGGCUUGCGCUUUGAGACGCAGCUCAAGACCCUCUCCCAGUUUCCAGAGACGCUGCUGGGGGAUCCCAAGAAAAGGAUGAGGUACUUUGAUCCUCUGCGGAAUGAGUACUUUUUUGAUCGAAAUCGACCAAGUUUUGAUGCUAUUCUGUAUUAUUACCAAUCAGGAGGGAGGCUGCGCCGGCCUGUUAAUGUGACCCUGGACAUUUUUUCUGAGGAGAUCCGUUUUUAUGAAUUGGGUGAGGAGGCUAUGGAAAUCUUUAGGGAGGAUGAAGGUUUCAUAAAGGAGGAGGAGCGACCUCUGCCAGAGAAUGAGUUUCAGAGGCAAGUAUGGUUGCUGUUUGAGUAUCCAGAAAGCUCAGGUCCUGCACGCAUCAUUGCCAUCAUCUCUGUCAUGGUGAUUCUUAUCUCUAUUGUCAGCUUUUGUCUGGAGACAUUGCCAGUUUUUCGAAAUGAUGAUGAGGAGAUGUACAAUUUUCAAUUACAGUCAAUGUCCAACGUCACCUUUACCUAUGACAGCUCGGCGUAUUUCAAAGACCCUUUCUUCAUCGUGGAGACCCUCUGUAUUAUCUGGUUCUCUUUUGAGUUCCUAGUUAGGUUCUUUGCCUGUCCCAGUAAAGCUGGAUUUUUUGGCAACAUCAUGAACAUCAUUGAUAUUGUUGCAAUCAUCCCCUACUUCAUCACCCUGGGAACAGAGCUAGCAGAGAGGCCAGAGGACGGCCAGGCAGGCCAGCAGGCUAUGUCUUUGGCUAUUCUCCGUGUUAUUCGUCUAGUCAGGGUGUUUCGUAUCUUUAAACUCUCACGUCACUCCAAGGGCCUCCAGAUCUUGGGCCAGACUCUGAAGGCAAGUAUGCGGGAGCUGGGCCUCCUCAUCUUCUUCCUGUUCAUCGGCGUGAUCCUCUUCUCCAGUGCUGUCUACUUCGCGGAAGCGGACGAGCCACAGUCCCAGUUCAGCAGCAUCCCUGAGGCCUUUUGGUGGGCUGUGGUUUCCAUGACCACCGUAGGCUAUGGAGACAUGGUUCCAACAACCAUUGGAGGAAAGAUUGUGGGGUCUCUUUGCGCCAUUGCCGGUGUGCUGACUAUUGCCCUGCCUGUGCCUGUCAUUGUGUCAAACUUCAACUACUUCUACCACCGAGAGACAGAGGGCGAGGAACAGGCACAGUAUCUGAAUGUCCCAAGUGUGCCUAAAGUGAGCUCGGCUGACGAGCUGAAGAAGAGCGGUCGGCGCGGCAGUGGGUCCACUCUCAGUAAAUCUGACUAUGUGGAGAUUCAGGAGGCUGUGAACCACAGCACUGAGGACUUCAGACCAGAGGGCAUGAAAACAGGAAACUGCACCCUGUCCAACACUAACUAUGUUAACAUCACCAAGAUGCGUACAGAUGUAUAAUGUAAGCUACUGUAGAUGGUUAAGUUCAGCUGGGGUCUGUUACGAGAGGAUGAAGGUGUGACUCCAUGUAUUGACCAACGAAUGGCGCCCAGCAUGAGAGUCCAGAGCAGAUGAGUGGGAUUACCUUGGAGAAAAGGUCAGUCGUGAGGACCUCAUGCUCAAGCACAUCCUAUGAAGCUAUCAGCGCAUAUCAUAGAACUGCCACCCGUCUUAUUUAGGACAUUAUCAGUGUCUGCAUGGAGUUUAUUUUUGUUGUUGUCUAUGUGACAGUAGUCAUCCUGCUCGCAACAGUAGCCAAGUAGUAGCCAAACCAGUAAUAACUUAUAUUAACAGCAUAAAGGGACCACUAGUUUCUACCUUCUAGCUCAAACUGCCGCUGGGAGAAGAUGCAAGAAAAACAACAAGUUAUAUCAGCCUAACAUUUAUUAUUAAAUGUAACUUAACAUAUUGUGAUUAAAAACAGGUCACACUAUCAGCAUCAUGAGCAACUUUAAUCUGCUGCUCUAACUGCCAAGGUCCUGACUCGGAGAAAAACAAAAUCACCCAGACCACAGUUGUUCUGUCAGGGGAAAACUGAAGUGCACAACUAAGAGAGAGAGAGAGAGAGAGUGAUACUAAUACGCUCUCUGGCCAAAUGGUCAUAUGUUGCUUUCUCUGUCAGAGACAAAAGCCUGAGUGCACUUGCAUUCCUCCCCGGGUCCUUACUAGAUAUUGUCUAGUUCUAGCUAGUGACUUCGGUAGAGACCAACAAAUACAGUAGAUGACAGUGCUGUAAUUCUGAACCACAUAGCACACCUCUCUUUCCUGCCAUUUUUCUUCAAUGAAGCUCAAGUGGAUUUACAGUAUGUACACCAUCGCCAAGACUUUUUGUUUUGUAGCCAAUGCAGGCUAGCCGGUGGACAGAAGAAAUGUCUCGCUAAACAGAGUGAAUGGUUAUUUAUUGAUGUGUGAUCAUUUUAUUUCUUGUAAUGUAUGCUUUUUUAGUAAUAUGAUGAAUGUGUGCCUCUCACUUACAAUCUUUUUUUAUGGUUAAGUUAUGUGAUGUACUGUAGAAAGAGUGAAUAAUUUCUCUGCUGCGUUCUGAGUGAGUGCCUAUUUCCCCAUCCUCUUGACUUUACCUUUAAGUGUCUCUUCAGCUGCCCUGGUCUACUGUAACAGACUUACAGUAAGAAGUGUUAUAAAUGUUGCUGUACUUGACUUCAUAGCAUUCCAAUCACAUGAGAUUAAGGAGGAAACUAGUGUGAGAUUUUAGUUUGUUGCUUUUGUCAGAAGCCAAUUAAAACCAAGUUAAUAACAGCAGAGUUAACUAGGUUUAUGAAUAAGGCUUUUUGUAUUCUCUAAAGGCCCACAAUCAAAGAAAGAGCUCAGUGAUCAAGUGAAAUUAAUCAAUGACACCUUCAAGGAUCUUUUGUCAUGCUAGCACUGCCUGCUUUGUAUUGUUCAGCCUUGCUGGAUGAGUGGCAAGAGGCAGUCUCAGUCUUUAAGUCUGCUGUAAACAUGCUUAUGCAGCCGAUUUGCGAUACAGGUACAAUGUAUUUAUUGAUUGCUCUUACCUAAUCAAAGUGAUAAAUGAUUUCAGUCUGCCAUGCCCUCUUCCCCAUAUAUCUCCCAUAUUUAACAAUUGAUCAAAAUUAGUGAACUUUGCCUGCCUCUGGAACAAGUUAAAAGUGUUACUCAACUACAUCAACCAAGACAAAUUUGCUGCCACCUAUUGCGUUGUAAAAGAGAUUAAUUUGUAUCCCAGUAUUUGUUUUUCUUUCUUGCAGUUUUAACAAUCAUUCCAUCGGCUCAUUUUUCCCACAUAAUGCAGGACCUAUGUGUCCUUCAUAUGCUUUUUAUUAAACAGAUGCUAUUCUGCUAUUGUAGUGCUGCAUGUCCUUUAUAAUAUUCAUUGUAGCAUGAAUUAGUAUGAAUAAUACUUAAAAAGCAAAUUGACAUCAUUAUAUUGCUAUCUCUAUAUCUGCCGUUAUGUGCAAUAUACUGUAUGAAAGACAAGUGUCUUGCCUUAGAAUUAUGUGUCAUGCUUUACAUAUGCGUCUUCUUGCCAUUACUAUUUGAAAUAUUGUUGAGUCGCAAAUCCAUGUAAAGUAUUUACCCAGAGAGUGCAGUCUGUCCACAAAUGUAAGUAAAAAAAGUAACAGCAGGUUUAUUCAUGAGAGGACAUGGGGAAGGUUUGAGAGCAGAUCCACAUUGAAUUCAGAACAGGGAUAGCUAAACACAUGAUCAACAGUUCAGACACUAACUAAUCCCGCUUGCUUCUUCUUUAUCGUCAGUUGCAGUCACAACCCAGAACUGUGUCUCAUAGUGAAAGCACAACAACAGCUAGUAUAUGCUGCCAUCCCAGUAGAUACACAGAUUCAAACUGUCAGUCACUCAGACUUAUUCUACCCAGCGAAGUGAAUCAUAAUGCUCCCAGGGACUGAGUUUGAGUGGGCACAUGUACUGUAUAUAGGUCCA